AAAUUUCACAGUCUUCCCCAUGCAAGAUUUCCAAGAUAGUUUUUCUUGUGUAGAUAAGUAACAAGAAUUCUCCAUAGUUUUGCAAGAAAUUAAAUAGUUCUGCCACUAUGGUCUAAGUUUAAGUUAGAAUAUUCGGUCUUGCACGUCCAAGGUUUUGGGUUCAAGGUUCAAACCAAAGGCGUUCUCUAAAUAGAUCCUUUUUAGGCAAUGGAUAUUGAUACAAACAAUGAAUUAAAAUUAUAUUAAAAUUAUGAUUCUCUAAUAUGGCGUUCAGGACUUGGGUGUGUUCUGUUCUUGAGUUUAGAAUGCAUUUAAACUGAUUCGGUUUCAACCUUUCGUCGGAAUACGGCUUGAAUUCGUAAACGAGGAAGAUAUCAGUCAUAUCCGUCUACGAAACUAGUUUUUUUUUACUAGUUCUUUUAUUAGCGCAGAUCAGACGUGAGUGGCACGUGAUCUGAUCCCUCACAGAUGUUAGGAACUUCAUGUGGUUUGUUUUAAGUCUGUUUUUAGUUACAUCAUCAGGUUUUCGGCUGUUUUUUACAGGACAUCCGACAGAAUCGACACAAAAUCCCCGGUAAGGACUAUUUUUGUCCAGCCCAUUGAACUCAACGGUCCAUCCUCCCACUGUGACGUCAGAGUCUCGUGCGCAGAUUUCGCAAUGAUGAAUUUUUUAUUAACGGAGUGGAAACACCGGUAUGGUGCAUUGUACUAGACUAUGGUACAUUGAUUUGCACAAGUAGCAAUUAGUACCACAGUCAGAUCAGUGCUACCAUUACUAAUAAAAUGGCAACUGGAAAGGGAAAGGUAGCAAUUAUAGGCAGUGGUUUGAUUGGCAAGUCUUGGUCAGUUCUUUUCUGUCGGGCUGGAUACGAGGUUAAUAUAUAUGACAUUGAUGAGAAGCAAGUGUCAAAUGCCUUGUCUGGGAUUCUUGAAUCAUUGCAAGAGUUAGAAAGCCAAGGAUUGCUUAAGGAUUCACCAAUCAACUCUGCUCAAGAGGCGUAUAAGUUGGUUACUGGUUGUAAUGAUCUUGGAAAAGCUAUUGAAGGAGCCAUUUAUGUGCAGGAGAACACUCCAGAAAAUAUUGACAUAAAAAAGAAAGUUUUUCUAAAUCUUGAUGGUCUUGUGAAAAAUGAUGAGAUCAUUCUUGCUAGUUCAACAUCUUGUAUUGUUCCUUCCCGAUUCAGUGAAGCUCUCAAACAUCGCAAACAGUGCAUUGUGGCUCAUCCGGUGAACCCUCCGCAUUAUGUGCCACUGGUUGAGAUAGUACCAGCACCUUGGACGGAAAGCUCAGUUGUAGAGAAAACAGUAGCAAUAAUGAAAGAUAUUGGACAGGCACCAGUGACUUUAAAGAAGGAAAUGAAUGGGUUUUUAUUGAACAGGAUACAAUAUGCUAUCAUUAUGGAAGGCUGGCGACUUGUCGAGGAUGGUGUGUGUACGCCAGAGGAUGUCGACACAGCCAUGAGCAAGGGACUGGGAUUGAGAUAUUCAUUCAUGGGUCCAUUUGAAACAAUGCACUUGAAUGCUGGAGGAAUUUUGGAUUAUUGUGAGAAGUAUGGAGCGAAUAUUGAGAAGAUUUGCACAGAACAGGGAUCAUCAAGAUCUCUUGCUGGUUCAAACACAGCACAUGUUGUUCAUAAUGCAAUGUGUGAAGCAAGUGCUCCUGUUGAGAAACUAGAGGAACGCAGAGCGUGGAGGGACAAACGAUUGUCAAGACUAGCUGUCCACCAAGCAAGCCAGAAAGAUUGAUGAUGAAAUUAAUAUCAUAAACAAGACUUUGAUUAAAAACAUUUUUCCAAAAUUAAAAGGUCAUUUUAAAAUUAUAUUACAAUUCUAAACUUAUAGGAAUCUAAGUAAUUGCAUUACAGAGGUUAAUUUUUGAUAAACUAUCAUAAUUGUAUGUCCUUACUUCCCCGGUUUCCAUUAUAGGUUUCCUGUGCUUAGCCUUUCGGAACGAGUUUACUUUUACUUACAUGACGAUUUGUUAAUUUUCAAAAGAAAUUUG